GUCGGUACGUAUGGGGAGUAGGCAAUCCAGCUUGAUCAGUCAGUGUCGUGCAUGAAUUGUGAGUGAAUAUAAAUGUGAGCUAAGAUGAGCAAACAAACUGCAGCUUUGGUGACAUGUGAACAAUUUAAACUAUUCCUCCGUGACAAUUUCGAAGAUUUUGAUGAUCUUAUAAACUUUUCCGCAGUUCGAGCCUUAGAUGACGGCGAAAACUAUAUUACUACGAUUAUAAGAAUUUGUGCCGAUAUAAAGCUGAAAGAUACAAGCCUCCAUCGGGUGCAACUCAUACUAAAAAUUCCGCUGAAGGUUAAUGAAACAAAGGAGCAUGAAAACAACGAAGAGAAAGCGCCAUCGUCAGCUGAUGAUUAUCAUGAAUUAUUUGYCACCGAAUCGGAUAUGUACGACAACAUCGUGCCAGAGUUAGAGGAGUUAUGUGCAAAUUUCGAUAACAAAUUACAUUUCAAACCAAAACAAUAUCGUUUUGUUCAYGAACUAACUUGCAAUUAUAUUCUUCUGGAAGAUCUUCAGGCAAGRGGAUUUAAAAAUGCGCCAAGGCGAGAGGGUCUCAACGAAGAGCAUACUAAAGCGGUGCUUGCAAAGUUGGCGCAGUGGCAUGCAGCUUCAGCUAAGAGAGUUGAAAUAAGAGGUGAUUACCCAGAAGAGUAUGUAAACAGCUACUUCUCACAGAAGAAUUUGCCUUUUAUUGAAAAUAUGAAUGCUGCAUUCAAUGAGCCGUUUGCUCAAUGUUUGGAGAGCUAUGAUUUGCUGCUUCCAGAAAAAGAGGUCAUUUUGAGUUACAUGAAAAACAUGAAUGAAUUAUAUUUAAAAUUUGGCAAUAUCGAUGCACAAGCCUUCAAUGUUCUUAACCACGGCGACUUUUGGAUAAACAACAUCAUGUUUCGACACAGUAAGGAUGACGGAGAGGCAGUUCAGGAAGUGCUUUUCGUUGAUUUUCAGCUACCCAAGUAUGGAAGUUUCGCAAUGGAUGUAUUUUGCUUUUUGAUGACUUCGCCACAAUGGAACAUUAAAUUGAAAAAUUUUGACAAUUUCAUAAAUUUUUAUCAUACCGAGUUGAUUCGAAACUUGAAAAGGUUAAAUUACAUGAGACCAAUACCUACACUCGAGCAGAUAAAUGCUCAACUGGAAAAAUAUGGUUUGUGGGCUUUUGUGUGUGUUCAACGGAUGCUUGCAGUGGCUUUACUAGAUCCCCAUGAAAAUUCCAACAUUGAAACUUUUAUGAGCAAUAAUGAGGCGGGAAAAGCUUUUAAAAAACGCAUGUUUUAUAAUCCCAAAUAUGUGCAGCAAGUGAAAGAAAUUUUGCCGUGGCUAAUAGAGAAGAAUUACAUGCAUUAUAUGACACAGGUUUCAUAAUUGAAUGGUAUUUUACAACGAAACACCUAUSUACCUAGUAUAGUACGUAUUUUAUGGAGAACAAUUUAAGUAUAAUAAAUAAAACGCUUUAAAAUCGUAUUACAUUUCAAAUCA